AUGGCGGACGAGGGGGCCGUGAUGGUGUGCGUGCGGGUGCGGCCCCUCAUCGAAAGAGAGAACUCAGAGCUUGGAGGCAAAGAAACUAUUGCCUGGAAAAGUGAGAAAUGCAACAUCUCUCAAGUGGAUGGAACAAAGUUUUUCACUUUUGAUCGAGUAUUUCAUUCGGAAGAAAGUACCGCUGAAGUUUAUAAAGAGGUGGCUGAUCCAAUUAUAAAAUCUGCUGUUCAAGGAUAUAAUGGCACUAUUUUUGCAUAUGGCCAGACUGCUUCAGGCAAAACCCAUACAAUGUUGGGAACAAAGAGUUCUCCAGGGAUUUUACCCAUGGCAAUUGAAGAUGUCUUCAAGACCAUCUGUAGGAUUCCAGAUAGGGAGUUCUUACUCCGAAUCUCGUACAUGGAGAUCCAUAAUGAGACAAUACAAGAUCUGCUGUGCAGUAGCAUAAGGAAGAAAAAACCUCUCGUCGUUCGGGAAGACAUCAAUAGGAACAUCUAUGUGGAAGAUCUGACUGAAGAGGUGGUGGUUUCCCCAGAGCAAGUUAUGGACUGGCUACAAAAAGGCGAAAAAAGCCGACAUUAUGGGGAAACCAAAAUGAAUGUGAGAAGUAGCCGUUCCCAUACGAUCUUCAGAAUGAUAAUUGAAAGCAAAGAAAAAAGUGAUGCUUCCAAUUCAAACUGCGACGGUGCUGUCAUGGUCUCUCACCUGAAUUUAGUAGACCUCGCAGGAAGUGAGAGAGCUAGCCAGACUGGCACAGAUGGCGUUCGGCUUAAAGAAGGCUGCAACAUCAACCGGAGCCUCUUCAUCUUGGGCCAGGUCAUCAAGAAACUUUGUGACGAUCAGUCUGGAGGCUUCAUAAAUUAUAGAGACAGCAAACUGACCAGAAUUUUACAGAACUCGCUUGGUGGGAAUGCUAAGACGGCUAUCAUCUGUACAGUUACUCCAGUAUCUCUGGAAGAGACUUUAAGCACCCUUCAGUUUGCCAGUACGGCGAAAAAGAUGAAAAAUAGUCCAAAAGUAAAUGAAGUUCUUGAUGACGAUGCCCUCUUGAAGAGGUACCGAAAAGAAAUAGAAGAUCUAAAGCGGCGCCUAGAAGAAGUUUCUUCAGACUCACACACCAGAAACGAAGAGAAGGACCUGCUUGCACAGCUCUUGGAGGAACAGAACUCGUUACAAAAACAGCAGGAGGACAGAAUAAGGACCUUGGCCGAGAUGGUGGUCACUUCGUCGUCUUUCUUGAGGGAACAAGAGUUAAAAGCUAGAAAGAAGAGGAGAGUUACCUGGACACCUGGACAAAUAAGUCACAGCAGAAGCAUCUUCUCAGAAGUCCUCCCUGGAAGGACCAAGAGAUUUAAAUCCUCUCUUUCAGCCUUAUCAGUGAUGGAAGAAUCUGUGUCUUCAGAAUUCUCAGAAUGCGACGAUCACUGCCUGGCCAUCACUGCCACAAUGCCAGAAGAGGAGUGGAUUCCAGGGCCUGAAAUGAGUCUGAUCCAUAAAGAUUUUGCGGAUUCUGUCGACCUCUGUGAAACUCUUGCAGCAGAAAGGGACAGUGCUAUAACUAAACAACAAGCUACCCAAGCAGAACUGGUGACCGUACAGUUAGAAAAAGAACAGCUGUCACAAGAAGUACGAGAGCUGACUGAAAAGAUAGAAACAAAUGAAUUUAUAGUUCUCGAAAGGGAAGCCUUACAGCAGCAUGAGAUGCAACUAAUGCAUGAAAUUUCCAACUUAAAGGCUGUAAUUGUACGCAAUCAAGAUCUCCAGGAUAACUUGAAGUCAAAUGAAUUACGUCUCGAGGAAAAAGAAAACAGAAUAAAUGCUUUAGAAAAACAGAUAAUUGAAUUAAAUAGCCUUUUGGAAGAGUCUCGGAAGACAGGCGGCGGGAACAUAGAUGCAUCCCUAGUGGGAACAAGUCAAGCGAUGGAUGAAAUGAAACAGUCUCUCAAUGAUGCUGAAAUAGUAGCCAUAGAUGCCAAGAAGGAAUCAGCUUUCCUCCGGAGUGAAAAUCUACAACUGAAAGAGAGAAUCGACCAACUCUUGGAUGAUUGCAACCGCAUGGGAAAAGAUGUUGAAUGUUACAGGAGCCAGUUAGAAGCAGGCAAAGUCACAUACAAAAAAAUGCAGUCCGACUUGCAGAAAGAACUGCAAUAUUACUUUCAACAAAAUACAAAGCUGACUUCUCUCCUGGAGGGCAACCAGUCAUCUGUGGAGCUAGAUGAACAAAUAGCACAUUUAAAAAAUGAAUUGAGUAAAGCUCUAGCAGAGAACGUCUCUUUAAGAAAAGAAGUGGCUGUAUUGUCAGAAACUGGCCUGAAACCUGACCUCGAAAUCUUGCACAAGGAGAUUCUUGAAAAAUCUGAAAUGAUUGCUUCCCUGACCUCUGAAAGGGAGGCUUUGUUGUCUCAAGUAGCUGAAAAGGGACAAAGGCUCCUUGAAAUGACUGAUGCCCUGAAGUCCAAAGAGGAUUUCGCAGAUGCUGAAGCAGUGAGAAGAGACAAUGAAGCUGUUCGAGACCUGGAGUGUCAACGUCAUGAACUGGAGCAGGAACUAGCCACUGUAUCAGAAGAAAACAAACGGUUGCAAGGCCAGAUAGAAAACCAGUCUGGUGAAAACCUCAAACUCAAUGCAGCCAUUAGUGAGAUGGCGCAAGAGCUGUCCAGCAAGGUCCAGGAGCUGCAGGCAAAGGACCUGGAACAGGAGAAGCUUCUCCGUAUGGAAGAAGAGCUCAGCUGUGUCCGUCAGGAGCUGAACAGCGUGGAACAGCUCAAAGAUCAGUUGAAGGCUUGGGAGUCUAAAGCGGAGGCUGGGGAGGUGGAAAGGCUGGCCGUAGUUCAGCGACUUCAGGGCAGAGAAGAAGAAAUAAGCGCUCUGGCCCAGGAAAGAGAUGAGCUGAAGCAAAUGCUGGAGGCGGUUGAAAGAGAGAGAGAUCAAAUUAAGGAUGACAUAGAAGAGACUGUGGCCAUAAACAUUGAAACACAGAAUGAAGUGAGAAGUUCUCAAGCCUUUCUGAAGCAGUGUCAGGAAAAUAUUAAAGAGCUGCAGGCAACAAUUUUGAAGAAAGACUCCCAAAUUGCAAGUAUUAAAGAAACUUUGGAGGCCACCAUUAACGAACAGAAGCUCCAGCUGUCCAUCAAGAUCCAAGAACUGCAAGACAAGGAGAAGGGACAAAAAGAGUUUCUCCAAACAAUGAAUGAACAGCGCUAUGGGGAAGCCCCGCAGGAUAAAACUGACCGUCUGAAGGCCCUGGAGUUUGAGCUGGAGGCGAAGAAGAUGGAGGAACUGGAAAUGGCAGAGAGACUUCAGCAGGGUGAGGAAGAGAGAAAAUUAUUAACCCUGGAAAGAGAUGACUUGCAGCAGAAGUGGGAGACUGUCCAUGCUGAGAAAGAGAAGCUCAAAGAGCUACUCGAAGGCACCACCUCAGAGUUGUCAAGCAAGAUCCAAGAGCUACAAGUUGAGGCAAGAGAGUUGCUCCAAACAAAAGAACAGCUCUAUGGUGAAGCCCAACUGAAUCGGAGGGAAGUAGAACAACUGACAGAGCAACUGAGGACUCUAGAAGCCCAGCUUGAGGCUAAAGAGGGAGAGAAACUAGAAAUGGCUAAGACACUUCGGGAUGGGGAGGAGGAGAGAAGAUCCCUAGUCCUGGAAAGGGAUGACUUGAAGCAGAAGUGGGAUGCUCUCCAAACUGAGAAAGAGAUUACCGUAAAGCCAACCAGCAAUACUCAAGGGUUGCAAGCAAGGAAUACUGAAGAGGAGGAGCUCCCCAUCGUAAAAGAAGAAUUUGGCCAAACUCGUCAGAAACAGAGUGAACUAGAAGAGUUGAGAGAGCAACUUAAAGCCAGCGAGUGCAGAAUGGAAGUGGACAAGAUGGCAGCUGCUCAGGAGCUUCGUGAGCAUGAAGAAACAUUAAGAGCUCUAGUGCAGGAAAGAGACCACUGGAGACAUCAGAGGGAUGCUCUCCAGCUGGAGAGGGAUCAAGUCCAAGAAGAAACGAGGGCGACUCAAUCCAUGUUGUCAAGCAAGAUCCAAGAGCUGCAAGUCGAGGCAGGAGAGUUGCUCCAAACGAAAGAACAGCUCUGUGGUGAAGCCCAACGGAAUCGGAAGGAAGUGGAACGACUGACAGAGCAACUGAGGACUCUAGAAGCCCAGCUUGAGGCUAAAGAGAGAGAGAAACAGGAAAUGGCUGAGAGACUCCAGGAUGGUGAUGAGGAGAGAAGAUCUUUAGUCCUGGAAAGGGAUGACUUGAAGAAGAAGUGGGAUUCUCUCCAAACUGAGAAAGAGAAGCUCAAAGAGCUACUUGAAGAGACCACCGCAAAGCUGACCAGCAAUGUUCAAGCAUUGCAAGCAGGGAAUACUCAAGAGGAGGAGCUCGUCACUGUGAAAGAAAAACUUGGCCAAGCUCUUCAAGAACUGAGUGAACUGGAAGAGUUGAGAGAGCAACUUAAAGCCAGCAAGUGCAGAACAGAAGCGGACAAGAUGGUGGCUGCUCGGGAGCUUCGGGAGCGUGAAGAAGCAUUAGUCCAGGAAAGAGACAACUUGAGGCAUCAGCGGGAUGAUCUCCAGCUAGAGAGGGAUCAAGUCCAAGAAGAAAUGAGAACGACUGAAUCCAUGUUGUCAAACAAGAUCCAAGAGCUGCAAGUCGAGGCAAGAGAGUUGCUCGAAACGAAAGAACAGCUCUGUGGUGAAGCCCAACAGAAUCGGAGGGAAGUGGAACGACUGACAGAGCAACUAAGGACUCUAGAAGCCCAGCUUGAGGCUAAAGAGGGAGAGAAAUUGCAAAUGGCUGAGAGACUCCAGGAUGGUGACAAGGAGAGAAGAUCCUUAGUCCUGGAAAGGGAUGACUUGAAGCAGAAGAGGGAUGCUCUCCAAACUGAGAAAGAGAAGCUCAAAGAGCUACUCGAAGAGACCACUGCAAAGUUGUCAAGCAAGAUCCAAGAGCUACAAGUCGAGGCAAGAGAGUUGCUCGAAACGAAAGAACAGCUCUGUUUUGAAGCCCAACAGAAUUGGAGGGAAGCGGAACGACUGACAGAGCAACUGAGGACUCUAGAAGCCCAGCUUGAGGCUAAAGAGGGAGAGAAAUUGCAAAUGGAUGAGAGACUCCAGGAUGGUGACGAAGAGAGACGAUCCUUAGUCCUGGAAAGGGAUGACUUGAAGCAGAAGAGGGAUGCUCUCCAAACUGAGAAAGAGAAGCUCAAAGAGGAAGUGGAACGACUGACAGAGCAACUAAGGACUCUAGAAGCCCAGCUUGAGUCUAAAGAGGGAGAGAAAUUGCAAAUGGCUGAGAGACUCCAGGAUGGUGACAAGGAGAGAAGAUCCUUAGUCCUGGAAAGGGAUGACUUGAAGCAGAAGAGGGAUGCUCUUCAAACUGAGAAAGAGAAGCUCAAAGAGCUACUCGAAGAGACCACUGCAAAGGGCUUGGAGCUGCAAGAACAGCUCAGAAAUUCUGAAGGCUCCCUCAAAGAGUACCAUGAUACUGUAGAAGAACUGAGAGGUGAAAACUCUCAGGCUUUAAAAAUGCAGAAGGAGUUCAGCCAGACCAUUGAGCAGCUGAAGCAAAAGGUUGUGGACACCCAAGCAGAGGUGGAGAAGCUGCUGGAGAAGGCAAAAUCUCAAGAGCAGCAGCUUUGGAAACGAGAAGCAGAACUUGCAGAAGAAAUGGCCCAGCUGAAAGAGAAGUUGGAACAGCUGACUGAAAAAUUAAGCUUACAAAUGGCUGAAAACAACCGUUUGCUGGCUGAACGGAAAGCCGAGGCCGAGAGCAUGCAGCACCUUGGGAUGCAGAAUUCUGCGCUUAAAAAAGACAGAGAUGACAUCCAGCAAGCAAUGGAGGACUCUAAAGCUGAAAAUGAGCAGCUUCGGGGCAGGUUGCUUGAAAACACUGCGAAGUUCUCUGAAACAAAUGCCAAACUGCAGCAGGAUCUGCACGAACUGAGGCAGCAACUGGACAAAGCCGCUGAAGAAAAGACACCAGAGAAAAAAGAACAAGAUGACCUUGAAAUGCUUCAAGCAAAAGUCUCAAAAAUGAAGGAGGCUCUGCAGAAACUUCCAGCGAUAGAGGAGAGAUACGAACAUCUUGGGAGAGCUGCUUGUAAUCUGAAGGUUGACAGUAACCAUCAAAAAGAACUAGCGACGAAGGGUCUUAAAGAUGCUUCCCACGAGACAACAAAACAGAUCAGAAGGCUCCAAAUGGAGCACGAGGUAUUAAGCGACCGUCUCCACAGAUUGCUGUACAAAACACAGUUCCUUUUAACCCGCCUGUGCAAGAAGAAGAGUGAGCACUAUGUUAACAUCAGCAACUACACAAUGGAGCUGCUUGGUGAGAGGAGAAAGCAACGUGAGUUGCUAACUCAGAUUCAAAGCCUGAAGGAGCCUUGCCAGAAAUCGCCUGCAGCCGUAUCUCAGCAGCUCCGUAUCCCUGAACUGAGCAAGGACUUGGAUUUCCAUGUGGAGCAAAUUUGGAAAGAUGUGUCACAAAUGGAUGAAGAAAUUCGCAGUAUAGAAGUGAUGUUGCAGCAACUGGAAAAUGAAGGCAGAACAGAGGAAGAGUCUUCAGUUCCUUUCGAUGUACAAGACUUUGAGAGGGGAAUAAAGCAAGACAAAGAGAGGCUGUUGCUAGUGGGCCGGUUCUUGAAACCCAAAGCUCAAUCUCUCAUGGAAGCUAGAGAGGAGCUGGAGUCCAGAAAUGCCAAUUACUGUGAAGAGACUGAAGCUGCUCUGAAAAUCUGCAGAGAGAGGACGAGGGAAUUGCUUCUGGCACUUAAUAUGCUGAAGGAACAGCCAGCACCUAGCGGUCAUGCGGACCUUAUCCUAGAAAAAGAGAAUUGCAGGCUUGAGAGUAAACUAAAAACCCGAGAUCAAGACAUGAAGGAUCUGAAACUGGAACUCCAAAAACUGGAAAACGCCGCAAACGAAGCAAGGAAAAAUCUUCAGGAAAAGGAGACAAGAAUAGCGGUGCUGGAAAUGGAACUUAAAGUGAGAGCAUCCAAGAGCGAAGUUGUCCGACUCCGGGCUGCAUUGGAGGAAAAAGAGUGUUUCCUAACUAGCACACUAACAGAGAACCAGACCCUCAAGGCCCAGCUUAACAAAGGUUCUGAACUCUAUAAAGAAGAGAUUGAGGACCUCAAAACUCAACUUGCGAAAGCCGACAUGACACUAACGAAACAAUCCAAGUGCUUUGACCGGGAAAUGGCAAACGCAAAAGCUCUUGCGGAACACCGGGAAGAACAGCUGAGAAGAGUAAGAGAAGAACUGCGCAGAGUACAACUCGAGCAGGAUGUAACAGUAAUGUCCAGCCAAGAGGCUCCUCAGCCACUUCUGCCGAUAACUUGCGGCGGUGGAAGCGGAAUUGUGCAAAACACCCAGAUGCUUGUGCUGAAUGCUGAGCGUACAAAACUGGAGAGGGAAGUCACCCGACUCAAGAAAGAACACGAACUGGUGCUGAAAAAUGAACUUCAUUUGAAAGAGGAAGUUAAGAAGUGGAAGGAGCGAGCUCUGAAGAUGAGAGAACAAUCUAGAGGCACGAGCGAAGAACAGAGGUUAAAAUCUCCAAGGAAAACGGCACCUCCCAUGUUGACGCAGCCGCCUUCCUCUCCUUCCAAGGAACGCUCCUUACUACCACCUCUGGCAUUGGAUGCUCCACCUGGGCUGUUGCCUUGUCCGCCAACUUUCUUCGAUAAUUCACGCUUGGGGCCCUUUAAUGAUGUAAGGCUUGCAGACGGCGAAUCCAUAGAAACGGCAUCUUCUGGUGACAGAUUUAAACACUGGAUGGAAAAAUCCAAAAAAGAGGGCAACCCUGAGUGCAAGACACAGUAA